GAGAGUCUCUCGGGAGGCUGGAUUAGCCACAAGUUGUGGUGAACCAGGGUAAAAUCGGUGUGCCUCUUUCUUUUCUCUUUACUUCUCGCUUAUUCAUUUUUAUUCCUGCGAUUUAUUGAUCAAACGCUAUUCACCCCCCCUCUAGCGUUGGUCUAUUAUUCUAACAAUUGGUAUCGGAGCCUAACUCGCGUCAAAACUUAACCGUUUGAGAGUAAAGCGAUCAUGGGCUCUUCUUCUAGAAAUCUCUAUGCAGGAAUUGGAGAAGGUCAAUCUACCUCUAGGCCACCACUCUUUGAUGGCACCAACUACUCUUAUUGGAAGGAACGGAUGAGAAUCUAUAUUCGUUCCACAAACUUCCAAUUGUGGUUGGUGAUCAAAAAUGGCAAAGAAAUCCCUAUGAAGAAAGUAGGAGAAACCACAAGCCCAAAGACCGAAGACGAAUUUGAUGCCGAGGACAUCAAGAAGGUCGAAAACUAUGCAAAGGCCAUCAACAUGCUAUAUUGCGCAGUCAACCCCGAUGACUACCGAAAGAUCUCCUGUUGCACAACCGCCAAGGAGAUGUGGGAUAAGCUUGAAGUGACGUACGAAGGUACCGAUCAAGUGCGUGAAGCCAAGAUCGAUUUUCUCACCCAAGAGUACGAAAUGUUCCGAAUGAAAGAAGGUGAGAAAAUCGAUGACAUGUUUGACCGGUUCUCAAAAAUCAUCAACGAUAUUCAUGCUCUCAAAAAGACCUACACCAACAAGGAUCUUGUGAGAAAAAUCCUGCGGAGCCUCACACCCAAAUGGAGGUCAAAAGCCGAUGCAAUCUACGAAUCCAUCAGAGUCUCCAACGUCACCAUCGACGGGCUAAGAGGUAACCUUAAAACCUAUGAAUCUACUAUUCUAACCCCGUCUUUGGAUGAACAAAAGAAAAAGGGAAUAGCGCUGAAAGCCACCAAAGAACCGGUGGAAGAGGCUUCAAGCGAUGACGACAAUGAAUUCGGGCUCGUCAUCAAGAAGUUUCACAAGUUCAUGAAGAAGGAAUUUGAGCGGAAGGGAAGGAAACACGACGGUCCUCCCAAAUGCUACGGCUGUGGCGAGGUUGGGCACAUCAAGCCAAGUCAUUCUCUUGGUAGAAAUCCAAAGUUUAUCGUUACUGCGGUAGAGUUAGGAAGGGAAUUGAUAAGGCGAAAGAUUAAACUUGCCUAUGGAGGAGGUAGUGUUGGCCUUCAAGGAGCUGUUGCUUCAACAGUCUUUACCAAUGGUGGUCUCGUUGGAGGUUUCAUUCCUCGUUACAUAGCAACACGAGGUGUCUACGGACCUACGUACGGUGUAGAGCAUACAGUUUCCAGCAACUAUUACAAGUAUUUCGAGAUGAACCACGCCGUGGAAGCUUUCAUCAUUCUUCCCGGAGGAGUUAACACUAUGGAAGGUUUGUUCACCUUGAUCUCGUGGGCUUCUGAAGGGUUACACAAUAGACCCAUUGGUCUUUUGAACAUUGACGGUUAUUUCAAUAUCUUAAUCAAGUUUUUAGAUAAUGCGGUGAGGCAGAACUUCAUGGCUUCCAGUCAAAGAAAACUUUUCAUUUCUUCUUUCUUUGUUGGUGAGCUUUUAGACAAGCUAGAGUUCGCUAAAGCUUUUCCGGCUUUUGGGGCUAAUUAUGACGAGUUCGCAAAUCCCGGGGGAUUAGACUUAGAAUUGCAUCUGUAACUUUCCUCAUGUAAUCCAAGUUGUAUUUUGUGUUGAAAUAAUAUUAUCCAUAAAUAUUAUUUAACGUUGUAUGGCCAGCGCGAACUACAUUUUCUUCAUUCUUCAGUCUUUCAUUGUUGGUGUCACUGUUUAAUGUUAUAUCGUCACCACAGUCGCGAUCUUUCACAUCAAAAUGAUAUCCGAACGAGUCAAUUAUCUUAUUGAUUUGUCUUGUCAACAUCACUUUACUUCAUUUAUUCAAUCAGACUACAUUGACGUUUCCGAUGAUAAGUAAUUAGGUCAUUAAUCGCUUCAUAACAAAGCAUCAGUUCAUUC